UGAGACUCGCUAGGUUUGCCGAACCAACCUCCCUCCGGGACCUUCUAAAGAAGCAAUCAUCUCAAUAGCCCCCUUCCUCCUGAGAAAGACUAUCUUCAAAAUCUCUUUGACUUUUUAAAUAAUGCAAAGAAAAACAAUGGUGACCACGUCGUCUCGUACCAAGUCAACCGGCCACGUCCUCCGUUCCCAAUCACCGUCGGGUCGAUUCUGCAGCGAUUACUCUAGAGCAGCCACUCCAUCGUCGUCGUCUUCCUCAGCGUUCGCUUCGUCCACGAGCUCUAGCUUCUCCUCUCCGUCCUCAGCCUUCUUCAGCAACAACCACCACCACCGAUCUGCGUCUCCGACUCGCGUCAAUCUAUACAACCCCCAGCCGAUUGCUCAAUCGUUUCGCUACUCUCUCGACAGCAGAUCCAUCUCGCCGACGAACAGAUCCAUCUCCGUCACGAAGAAACCGCAGCCUAGCAAGAUCUCUUCCUCUUCUUCUUCCCCGAGGAGGUGUAUGUGCUCUCCGACGACGCAUCCCGGAUCUUUCCGAUGCAGUCUCCACAAAAACGUUGCGAAUCCGCACGGCCAAGGAGCGGCGUCGUCGUAUCCGGCGAGCAGUUUGAAUAUGCGGAGAUCCGCGAUGACGAACUCGCUUGUGAGGAUCGGUGGCGUCGAGGGAGAGUGGGUGAGAAGAGCGUUAACGACUCUGAUAAGGCCUUCGUCGCAUCAUUUGAAAAGACGAGCUGCGUAUCAGCCUCGUCCCAGCAGGCUAUCGAUCAUGUCGAAAGCCACCGAGUGUAAUUGAAUCUGAUUUUGAUUUUUCAGAUUUCAGUGUUUGUCAGAUUCCCGUGUAUUCGCUUUCCGUGAAGUCGACCGUCCCGUUCACCGUCGUCCGUUGAUUUUCAAGGUAUGCGUUGUUCGUCGUGUGAGGUAUGUUCUUUUAUUUAUUUCGUUUUGCUUGUUAAUUUUUUUUUGGGUGUGGUUAUUUUGCUUUUUUCAACUCUUUUCAGGUUGCGUUUGGUAAUGGAGUUUGAACUAACUUUAGGUACGGUACAUGGAAUUGAAAGAUGAACAAAUAAAAAUAACCAGCAGAAAUAAUAAGUGACAUAGUAAAAUGGUUUGAGCAUGGUCUUUCUGGACGAACAUUGAUGACAAUAUUUCACAUAAGGGCUCGAAAGGAAAAUGGAAAAUCAGGAAGAAAAAAAAACGAGAAAGUGUAUAUUUGGAUAUAGCUGACGGACCAACUAGAAAACGACCAAAUGAACAUGAACAUUUGCAGAGGAUUUGCGGGAAAAUACAUCUGAAUAGGGAGAAAUUAGAGGAAUCAUUAAAUUCAUGAACAUGUAAAAUUGGAAAAUUUGAAAGAGGGAAAAACAAGAGGCAAAAGUUUGAAAGAUA